UCAUAUGGAUUAAAAAAAUAAAAAAUAAAAAAAAAUCAAAAGGGUGUUGUUCAACCAGUUCUGGUAUAUCAUGUUACAUCAUUUACAUGUAUACUUGUAUAAUUGCAUCUUUCACCAUCUACUUCUACUGUCUCUCCUUCCCAAAUUUGUGCGAAAUUCCUUCUUUCGCUGCUUGGCGCUCAAAUCACCAUAUUUCUUCCUUCAAUCUAUUCCAAGGUACAUACUUUUGUUUUCUCUCUCUUAACAACAUUAAUCUUUCUUCCAAUUUGUGUGGACUAUAGUUGUUAUGUUAAGCAGAGCAAAAAUAAGAGUUUUCGUGACCCAAAAGCUCCAAUAUUUCUCUAAAAACCCCAGUUUUCCAUUUUGUUCAUCUGGGUCUCAUUCAAAUUUUAAUGAUGAUGGUGAUAAUAGUAAAUUAACUGCUAAACACAUUGAACAAAAUGGGUAUUUUGAUUCUCAGACUGAUUGGGAGAAAUUACUUAAACCCUUUGACAUUGAAGAUCUUCAAAAAUCAAUCAAUUUUCUUACUCCUUAUAGACUAUGUAAGAUGAUUGAGCUGCCCAUUGAUGUGCCUACUUCAAUGGAGCUUUUCGAAUGGGCCGCUACCCAGAAUGGGUAUUCCCAUUCUUUUGAUGUGUAUUAUGCUUUAGUUAGUAAACUUGGUGCUGGUUCACAGUUUAAGGAGAUAGAUAAGUUGUUGUUGCAAAUGAAAGAGGAAGGUAUUGUUUUUAAAGAGUCCAUUUUCAUGUUAGUUAUGAGGUGUUAUGGGAGAGCUGGAUUGCCUGGGCAAGCCACUAGGUUGUUGUUGGAUAUGAGAAAUGUGUAUGGGUUCGAGCCGAGUUUCAAAUCUUAUAAUGUUGUAUUGGAGAUUUUGGUUUCGGGGAAUUGUCAUAAGGUUGCUCCCAAUGUGUUUUAUGAUAUGUUGAAUAGGGGUCUUUCUCCGACUGUGUAUACCUUUGGUGUUGUGAUGAAAGCUCUUUGUACGGUCCAGGAAGUGGACACUGCGUGGUCGCUUCUUAGGGACAUGACAAAGUAUGGGUGUGUCCCGAAUUCGGUUAUUUAUCAAACGCUUAUUCAUGCUUUGUCUAAGAUUAAUAGAGUAAAUGAUGCAUUGACCCUUUUGGAAGAGAUGAUAUUGAUGGGAUGUGUCCCUGAUGUUGAGACAUUCAACGAUGUCAUACAUGGUCUGUGUAAGGGUAGCCGAAUUCAUGAGGCUGCGAAGUUGGUUGAUCGGAUGCUUACUCGGGGGUUUUCCCCAAAUGCUGUAACCUAUGGGUUUUUGAUGAAUGGGCUGUGUAGAGCAGGACAAGUCAGUGAAGCAAGAGGUCUCUUGAGAAAAGUUCCUGAGCCUAAUGUUGUGUUGUAUAAUACCUUGAUAAAUGGGUAUGUAAAUAGUGGAGAGCUUGAUGAAGCCAAAGCUAUUGUCCAGGAGAACAUGGUGGGUCCUAAAUGUGAACCAGAUGUAUACACAUAUAACAUACUAAUCCGUGGUUAUUGCAAAGAGGGGUUUCUAGGUUCAGCUAGUGAGCUUGUGGAAGAGAUGGAACGCAAUGGACAUAAGCCAAAUGCCAUUACAUACAGUAUAUUAAUUGAUGGUUACAGCAAGAAAGGUAAACUUGAGGAAGCUAGUUGUGUCUUGGAUCAUAUGGCAGCUAGGGGGCUUAGCCUGAAAACGGCAGGGUACAAUUGCUUUAUAAGUGCCUAUUGUAAGGACGGAAAGGUUGAUGAGGCUUUCAGAGUAUAUGGUGAGAUGUCAGAAAGAGGACAUAAACCUGACAUAUAUACAUUCAAUUCUCUUAUAUAUGGGCUUUGCAAGGCUGAUGAAAUGGAAGAGGCUUUAAAGUUGCACAAGAAUAUGUUACUGGAAGGAGCGAUUGCCAACUCCAUUACUUACAAUACAUUGAUCCACGCUUAUCUGAGAAAAGGUUCAAUGGAAGAAGCACUUAAGCUUGUAGAUGAUAUGUUAUUUAGAGGGUUACCUCUUAAAGAAGUCACUUAUAACGGCCUGAUAAAGGCACUGUGUGAAACUGGGGCUGUGGAAAAAGCUCUAGGGUUAUUUGAAGAAAUGAUUAGGAAAAGUAUGAAGCUUAGUACUAUUACGUGUAAUAUACUGAUCAAUGGUCUUUGUCGGACAGGGAAGGUACAAAAUGCACUUGACUUUUUGAGAGAGAUGAUUUAUAGAGGCUUGACACCAGAUAUAGUCACUUAUAAUAGCCUAAUAAAUGGUUUAUGUAGAACGGAACGCAUCCAAGAGGCUGUUAACCUUUUUGAGAGAUUGCAAGUUGAUGGAAUUUCCCCUGAUCCUAUCACUUACAACACUUUAAUUAAUUGGCACUGUAAACUUGGCAUGUCAAAUGAUGCCUUGAUGCUUCUAAAUAGAGGGCUAGAUAAUGGCUUUGUUCCUAAUUCUACCACAUGGUAUUUACUAAUAAAUAAUUGUGUGCACAAGGAAUGGAGGGAUAUGGUUUGGGGUCUCUCUUAGUCUGUGAUGUGAAGCUAGGCUUCAAGAAAGCUUCAUGUCAAGGGAAGUUUCUUUUCAAUGUUUGAAGACAGGAAGAGAGCUAUGAGUUUUGGAACUUAAAGUAGUUUUCAAGCUUAGUAAUAUAUCAAAUUUCCUCCUGUCAGAAGGGAAGAAGAAGCUUACAUAACAGAGGUCACAACUGCACAUGAUAUAGCAUAUGUGGAAGCUGAUCAUAUUUGUCCUUCGAUGAGCCAUGGAUGGUGGGAUCAGGUUGUUUUUCCAAGCUGCUUGCUCAAUGUUUGAGUGAAAAGUUAAAUGAAGGCAUUCUUGUGGACAAGCUACCUGCCGUGCAUGUUCAAGCUGUUGCGGACCUGUAUUGGCAAUCUAUGGGAAGAAGAUUGAAAGCGACCUAGUACCUAAAUUCUAAAAGGUCGGUUCUUGAUGUCAUCAGAGAGUUUGCAGGGUAAGUUGUGGAAGUUGUGGUGUGCUGGUUGGUUGUAACUGGCGAAUGUGGAGAAGAUGAAAAAGAGGAUGGAUACUUGCAUCACAUGUCGGCUAUCACCAAUAAAGCAUAGAAGAUCAAAAGUAACAUACAUCACCCGACGGUAUUUGGCCAUAAAGCAUAGAGGAUGUUAUGCAACUAUUAAAAACCUACUUCUUUCUUUAUGAAAUGAGUGGAACACUUCUCUCCAAAAGCUCACAUAAAAAAGAGAAGUAUUUCGCUUAUUUCGGAGAAAGUAUAUGUCAUAACUCAUAAUUAUAUCAUACACCUGGGAGUAUCAUUUUUAAUAGUUACAUACAUCACCCACCGGCCACUCAUAAAGCAUAGAGGAUGUCAUGUAACAAUUGAAAACAUAUGUCAUACUUAUAUCAUAUACACGAAAGUACAAUUGUUAUUGGCGCAUGAAAGGGACGGAUGUGAUGCAGACUAUGUCUCAACUCUCCACGCACUGACAUAGUGCAUCUAUUCUAAUAGUUCGCUUUGUUUCUUAAAUGAUCGAAAGAGAGAAAUUUGGACAUGUCAUCAUAGAGACGUAGACGUAGCAAAUCUUUUUCUCUGUUCCCCUUUCAUUCAACAAAAUGUAUAUAUGCAUAUAUACACGAGUGUAAAUCAAAAUUAUUCACUCCAAAUUUAUUUUAAGAAAGCAUAUAAGUUUUUUUUUAA